CCAGUACAUGACUUCGAGACUCCUUACUUACCACAUAAACUACUACCAGCGUGCUCGGAGAACUAGUCAUGCCCUUAAACAUGUACAAAUAUGUCGGUCGACUUCCGGUAUACGGCCUCUAGUCACUGAUACAAGGGUUUAUUACAAAGUGCCAGUAAACACAAGUAGUUGUACUCGUGGUCAGGGUGUGAGGAGCUGUAUCAUUUUUUAAGAAAGCGUUGUCUGAAAGAUUUCAGAGAAGUUACGGAUUACUUAUCGCCGUGAGAACAAAAUGGAUGUUGGAUUCUUUAGGAACAGUGGCGAUAACGUCAAGACAAAAGACAGCGACAGAAGCGCCACAUGGUGCCAUACGUACUCUGGAGGAAUACUCUUCAGUAAACACUGUCUUCGUUACGGAGAGAUUGUUAACGUGGAAAUAACCGGAAAUGGUCACGCCGCCAUUGGAUUUACCCAGCAUGACCCGCGAUAUAUCAGUUGCAUUAAGGAUGCAGUUUUGACUAAUAAGGUCAAACUUCUGACCAAUGUGCGCACGUUACAGAGAGCUGGUACGAUCAAGCUAUGCUCGUACGAGAGUCACGUGAGCAUUACGUGCAAUGGGUGUUCAGUAGAGAACGAUCGAGACUACAGUGAGCCUGUCUGGCUUGUAAUCAACCUUAAAUUUGGCAACGUUCAGGCAAACAUGUUCACGAGGGAAAACCAUCCACUGCAGUUUCAUCACGUGACUGGAGAGAAUAUCGACCUUAUGGAUAAAGAAUGCCGGUCAGCCCGACUCAAAGUGGAAAACCCUGCUUCCGUCUGCUGCCUCGCGCGCAGGAUCUACCCUGGUCAAGGCCUGAUGCUUAAGGUCAAUCCAUUACAAGAACGAGGCAGGGUUCCAAGCAGAUUUCACCUUACGCUGGGAAUGUCUACUUUAAAACCCGAGGAGCUCCGAGUUGGCGACCCGGAGUCGUUUUCCGUUUGUGAGAAGGUAAAGAAACCGAAACGAUGGCGGCAUAUGAAACGUUUUGAGGACGAGAUCGAGGACGGGAAGCGCCGCAAUCGGUGUACAGGAUACCUCCAGGUGAUGGUGACCCCGGAGGGCGAGGUCAAGUACGCACAUUCCUCAGACGUGUACGGUCACGUGACAGUGCCGAGAAGCAAACUUGAGUCCGGUGUGUUAAUUGUAUUUGAACUGUUCCGUGUGACACUUGACAUCACAAAGACGUUUGACCUACAAGUGUAUGACUAUGCUGAUAUCAACUUUGGACAGUUCGAGAAACGCAAGGCAAGUCUUAAACAAUCUGUGCAUAAACACGAUACCGGUUAUGUGGAGUUCCAACCCAAAUAUAGAGACCUGGUGACAAAAAUGCCAUCAAACGCUUCGUGAAACCGGAAGUGCUAUGUUUGCUUUGAUAUGUAAAUAUUUUAGACGAUGUUACGUUGAAUGUUAUUAAUUUAUUUUCUGAUUUAUAACUGUCGUCUCGGAGACGAGUUAAUUCGCUGACCUACAUUUGUUGAACCCGCAUUUCCUUUUUCUUUCGCUGACUGAUAUUUGACCUACAUUUGUUAGCCUAUAUUUGUCAGACCUAUAUUUGCCGACCAUAUUUACUUGUUUGUGUUUAUGUGAAUCAGAUUUGUUUGACCUGCAUUUGUCUGGCCGUUAUAUGUUGAUGUGUGUACAGUUUUUGUAUUUGUCUGUUAUUUCAAAUGUCCUGUAUUUGUUGUAAUAUGUUUUGUACAGUUUUUGUAUUUAU